AAAAUUAAUUUUUAUUGACGAAUGUUAUUUUCCACUUCACAUUUUCAUGUGGUCAAACUUCAUCGUCGUCCCUGAAUAUUAAUAAAGACAAAAAUAGUCAAGGAUAUUUUAUAUACCUUUGUUAAAUAGCACUGAACAUCCAAAAUGCCAAAUACUGCUGACUUUCCUAUACUAAUAGACGAAGAUGGUGCUCCAUUUGUGCAACUUAACGAUUACAAAUUUAAAAUUGAACUUGAGGAGUUAACGGGAGAUUGGAAACAACGUGCCAUAAAUGAACUUAGGGAAACGCCAGAAAAUGUUGAAAAUGGGUUAACUGAAUUAAGAAAACUAAUUCAAACUGAACCAAACUGGAAUAUUCCAAUCGACGAUACAGAAUUUUUAUUAAAAUUUUUGAGGCCUUGUAAAUACUAUCCAGAAAGUGCGUUUAAAAUUAUGAAAAAAUUCUAUGGAUUCAGGGUGAAAUUUCCGAAAUAUUGUAUGAAUAUAUAUCCUAAUGAUAUUCGACACGUGUUUGACAAUGAAGUAUUUUUCUUUAUGCCAACUAGAAGUCCAGUUGGAGCCAGAAUAAAAUUAGUUAACGUAGGAAGUAAAUGGAAUCCGAAAGUAGUGACCUUAGAGGAUAUGUUUAAAGCUGUCAUGGUGGGUACUGAAGUAGCAAUGCGGGAACCUAAAAGUCAACUUGGAGGUGCAGAAGUAAUAUUAAAUAUGGAAGGAUUGGCAUUAACUCACGUUUACCAAUUCUCACCAAGCCUUGCAAAAUUGAUGGCUGAUUGGGUCCAGACCUGCACUCCUGUUAGGCUUAAAGGAAUUCAUGUAAUUAAUCAACCGUACAUAUUCAAGUUGCUGUGGACGAUGUUCAAACCUUUCUUAGGAGAAAAAUUACGUAAACGAAUAUUCUUCCAUGGAUACAACAAAAAGUCAUUGUUUGAAAAAAUUCCUGCUGAAUGUUUACCUCCUUGUAUAGGAGGUACAGCGAAUCUCCCAGAUUAUCCAGGAUCAGUGUUUUCAGAAAUGUUAUAUUAUUAUGAAGAUGAUUUUAUACGAUUCAACAAAUAUGGAUACACAGUGGAUGCCAAUGGAAAAGAAAUUGUUUAUUCCUAAAAUAAUUUAAAUGUCUAUGUCUAAUCAAUCAUUAAUUUAAGUAAUUAGCUAUUUUAAAUUUAAAUGUAUAAAGAUAAAUUUAUUUUUUAUAAACUUUUAAAAAUAUUUUUGUAUAAUAAAUUAAAUUAUAUUUACAA